AUGGAUUCUCUACUGUUCUUGUUGAUAUUUCUAAUUAACUUCGGUUGUAUCGUUUCUGAAGCCAGUUUAAGAUAUGUUUUUGUACUUGAGAAACACGAUUUAGAUGUCCCGGAACAGAUAAGCAAGGCGAUACGAACCACAGAAGAGGCGAAACCUGGAAUCAGGAUUAGUGAUGAUGUGAUUUAUUUGGACCGUGAAAACGAAGACGACGCGUAUAACCAACUGUGUUCCUCGCUUUCGAAGGGUACGUCCGCCGUCAUCGAUCUAACCUGGAUAACCUGGGAUAGGCUCAUGGAAUUGAAUCUUCCUGUAAUAAGGAUAUCGUUAGACUCUCAACCAUUUGUCAAAGCUAUAAACGGUUAUUUGGAAUCCAGGAACGCUACGGAUGCAUCGAUACUUGUGCAGAGUGAGAGCGAUGUCGAUAGAACCUUGUACACACUACUGGGUAACUCUAAUGUAAGAGUUUGGGUCCACCCUGGCCUCACACGGGAGUCUGCCAAGUCCCUAAACAGCAUGAGACCGGAGCCGAGUUUCCACAUCAUUUUGGGAGACCAUGAUUUUGUCACUACAACAUACAAGCGGGCUAUAAAGGAGAAACUAGUGAAGCGGGACUUUCGCUGGAACGUAGUGGUGACGGAUUACGAGCCAUUCGAUCCAGCGUUCUUGGUGUUACCAUCUGUAUUAUUGCAGUUGGAUUUGAGCGAGUGUUGUAAGCUAUUGGGUGUAAGCGAGUGUACCUGUUCUCCAAAUGUACCGAGAAAACAAUUGAUUUUAAACAACCUUCUCCGGUAUAUAACUGAAGUUCUUUUAAAAUUCGACUCGGGAACUACAAAGAUACUAUGCGAUGAUAUACAGUAUGAUAAUAGUUCAAGGGAGAUGUUGUACAGGGUGUUCCGAGAAGACAGCACUAAUAACGAGAGUCUUUUCUUUUGGAACGACGAAGAAUCCACUUUAAAUUUACGUACUCAGUUCAUUCUAUCCACGUUCACACGAGAUGUGGGUCUCCAACGGGCGGCCGUGUGGUCUGCUGCUGAGGACUACAAAACUCUACCAGGAUUCAAAUUUGAGUCCCUGAGGGACUUCUUUAGAAUCGGAACUUAUCCUGCAAGUAUUAUUAUUUCAAUAAACUUUUAUACUUAG